AUGUAUCUGGUGGAGAGCAAAGAAGGUGCCAUAGGGUGCAUGCUAUUGUCCCUUUUCUUCUUAGGGACAUGGCCUGCUGUAAUGACUAUGUUGGAAAGAAGAGGACGUCUUCCUCAGCACACUUACCUUGACUACACCCUCACCAAUCUAUUGGCUGCUGUUAUCAUUGCUCUCACUUUAGGUGAGAUAGGCAACAACAAGCCUCAUGAGCCUAAUUUCUUAUCUCAGCUUUCUCAGGAUAACUUGCCUUCUGUUCUGUUUGCCAUGGCUGGUGGGGUAGUCCUUAGUGUUGGAAAUCUGUCCACACAAUAUGCUUGGGCUUUUGUUGGAUUAUCAGUUGUGGAAGUGAUCGCAUCAAGCAUAACUGUUGUUAUAGGAACAACAUUGAAUUACUUUUUGGAUGACAGAAUCAAUAAAGCUAAGAUUCUUUUCCCAGGAGUUGGUUGUUUUUUUAUUGCAGUUUGUCUAGGCUCUGCUGUUCAUUCAUCUAAUACUGCUGAUAAUAAGGCCAAGCUCAACGAUUUUUCAAGUCAUCACAAAGAUGCAGCUCAGGGUACUAGUUUAUCCACUUUGAAAGAAACAGAUGAAGUUGAUUCAAGGGAUCUAGAGAAUGGAAGUGCUUCUGCAUACGAAGCCAAAGCAGGAACUGCAGUUUUUCUUAUAGAACUUGAGAAAAGAAGAUCAAUUAAGGUGUUUGGCAAGAGCACUUUCAUUGGAUUAGCUAUAACUUUCUUUGCUGGAGUUUGCUUCUCUCUAUUCUCACCAGCAUUCAAUUUGGCAACAAAUGACCAGUGGCACACUUUAAAGAAAGGGGUUCCCCAUUUGAGUGUUUAUACUGCCUUCUUUUACUUUUCAGUCUCUUGCUUUGUUGUUGCCAUAAUUCUAAACAUCACCUUCCUUUACCACCCUAUCUUGAACUUACCCAAGUCAUCACUGAAGGCUUAUUUGAGAGAUUGGGAUGGAAGAGGUUGGGCUUUUUUGGCUGGUCUCCUUUGUGGCUUUGGAAAUGGCCUCCAAUUUAUGGGAGGUCAAGCUGCAGGAUAUGCUGCAGCAAAUGCUGUUCAAGCACUUCCACUUGUGAGUACCCUUUGGGGCAUCAUACUGUUUGGGGAGUAUCGCAAAUCAUCAAGAAGAACAUAUAUAUUGCUGGGGGGCAUGUCGCUUAUGUUUAUUGCGGCUGUUGCAGUUCUCAUGGAAUCAUCUGGGCAUCGAAAGUGA